AUGAAUCUUUCCCUUGCUGGGAGUCAGCUACCACUUACAUCCUUCUUCCAACGAGGGGCCCAGACAAAGCAAUCUAUUAAGCGGAGGAGAAAGUCUGAAAAUGCCGCUGGAGAGGAAGAUUUAUCCGGUCCCCCUAGAAAGAAAGGAAAGCAGAAAGAAAACGAACCUCUGAGCGUAUUGCGAAAGAAGGCGAAGGAUAUAGGUGGGACUCACAUAGAUGCCCUCCUUCGUUCUCCUAGCGAUGGAACAAUCAAUCAAAGCUCUCCCCACUAUGGCCCUGUGCGUGUCGUAGAGGCAGACGAAACAACGAUCUCCGGGAACAAUGCUGCUGUUGGAGAAAGGGAUUGCAACUACGCUGCAAGAGAAGACAAAGCCACCAGUCUAUCAUCCAUAGCCACUCCCGCGCGCCAGUCGAAAGGUGACCCUCGAUUAGCAAGAGAGGCUCUCCCCACACCGCCGCCGACGAAUGCAGUGAAAUGUGCGAGUAGAGCAUAUAGUGACCAAAGUUCUCCUGCAACCCCCGAUAAAAGUGCACUCGAACCACAAGUAAGCGCAUCUAUUGAAGGUGAUGCGUCCCUCUCGCGACUUGUAGAGGAGCGGGGUCCUUCACCAUGUACAGGUGUUACGAUUACACUGUCCAAGAAGCUGCAGCUACAGCCCGUUCUGGGCCAGUUUACCUUCACACCCCAAUCACCUUUGGCUCUUCCAGCUGCGUACAAAGGUGAUGCCAUGGGCUCCGCCCUUCUCACUCCGUCUCCGUCUCCAAGUCGUCCCGGAUAUCCGCUAUAUGCUCAGGAUUUUUCAUCGGUUUCACGGCCUGUUAAGGGCGAAGUCAUACCAUCAUCACAGACGCAAGAUCUGUCGUUAGUGUGUGCCUCAUCGUCCAUGGUACAUCAAGUGCCUCUUCGAGGUCAAGGAGUUUUGGCGGUUAGCCAUGCGCAUGAAAAGGGCGACUUCGUUCCUAGCUCGCAAAAUCAAGAGCUCGAUCUCUACAUCAAACCAGACGUCACGCCGACGGGAUUGUGGCGGACAAGUAGUGAAGGUGUAUCUACGUCUCAGUUCGGAGAAGAAGAGCUUUCAAUCGAAUCGGGCUCACCCGCCGUGUCGCAACAAUGUCUUCGAAGCGGUCGUUUUAGUAUUGGCGCUGACAAUCGUGUGUGGCUCCCUGGAAAGACGUCGAAAAGUGUGAUGAAAUCCCCGGAACCCAUUCCAAGCUCUCAGAGCCAGAUUGAAAGGCCUCUUACAAUUGAUGCUGCUCACUGGACCGAGGAUGUCUCUCCACAGCCCCCUGUGGAUGAGGGAACAUUAUUUCACAACGAGACCCCUAGCGCUUCAUACUCUCUAGCCAAAGACCCAGGAUCUCCAUGUGACAUAGAUUACUCAUCACCAUUGGCACCAUACGUUGACGAGCAACAGCCUGAAAUAGAACAAAUUUCUCCGGUGCAUACACCCGCGGCAUCUGGCGGAAUAGACAGUCAGAUCUUGACAUCCCCGCUUCGUGCACCAUCUUCCUAUAGUGCCUCUUAUCAAGACGAUGAAGGUGGAUAUUCCCGAACCCCCACGCAGUUACGUAUCUUUCGUGAUAUGUUCGAUAGCCAACCCAGCUGGCUGGCGGACCAGGACAGCAUAGGCUCACAAGCUCAAAGCGGUCAGGCCAAUGAACGGGCCGAUCCUCCCAACGUCCAGCUGCAGAAUGAUUCGCACCAAGGACAUCAUGUCGCCUCAGGGACAGAGCCAGGAUCUGACAAUAAUACGAUUGGUUUUCCUACCUGGCACCGUCUUGAUUCACGCUUGGGGCGCGGAGAUGAUCCUGAUUCGUUCGGAAGGCCUUAUAGUUCGUCACCCGCUCGUCCAAUGCGUGCUCUAUCGCCAUCUGAAUGUGAACACCAACCCGUAUCGCUGUCGUAUCGUGAAGCUCUUGACAGCGAUGAAAUAGCAAGUGAAACGGCCCAUUCGAUGGACCCAAUGAAUGUCGAUACUCGGUUUGCGACGGACAGUCGCUUCGCUGAAUCACCAGAAGCCGGCCCUUCGAGUUCUGAUGUUCGCCGUCACAGCGAAGAUUUCAAUGAAAGUGACAGCCGUUCAGAGAAAACGGAUGACGAGGUCGAGGCGUCGGAAGUAGACGAUGCCGAUAGUCUUGGGAAUGGAAUGGACCCUGACGGGUUCGCUGGACCCUUACAAAAGGUCGUCAAGCCACUGACAGCUGAGGCACUCUCUGCGUUCAAGGCUGCUCAGGAUAAAGCAGGUGUCGUCUAUGUUUCGCGUAUUCCACCUGGGAUGCGACCCACGAAAGUGCGGCAUAUCAUGAGUGAAUACGGAGAAGUGGGUAGAGUAUACCUUCAACAAGAAGAUCCCAAGCGAGCAUAUUUGAGGCGUAAAUACACGGCUACCAAGAAGGCUCAUUUCACAGAGGGUUGGGUUGAAUUCAAGGAUAAAAAGGUAGCUCGUUCUGUCGCAGACAUGUUGAAUGCGCAACCUAUUGGUGGGAAGAAGGGCACACGCUGGCGAGAUGAUGUGUGGACAAUGAAGUAUUUGCCUAAGUUCAAAUGGAAUAUGCUUACAGAACAAAUUGCUCAUGAAGCUGCAUUGCACGCCGCUCAAUUGAGGGCAGAAUUGUCGCAAUCGCGGCGUGAACAGCGGGAAUAUUUGAAAAACGUUGAACUUGCUAGGGUCUUGGACAAACGCUCUGAAAGAAAGCGUAAGGCGCAGCCCGAAACUUCCGUGGAGGCUGCGGAAGGAAUGACGCGUCCCCGAAAGAAGGGGAAGGAUGAAAAAGAACAGAGCUCUACUCAAGUGAAGAAACAAAAACAUACACACGGGGAUUCUGGAGAGGGGGAGUUGGACAAUGUAUUACAAAGGAACGCAUUCCUGUUUUGCGUUCACCAUCGCGAACACAGUGAGCCCGUCUCACCGAGCAUCGAGAACGCCGUGCUCGUCGUGUGUCGCGUCUUCAGAGUCGUCGCGUUUCUCGUUCUCCUUUCUAUCUCUCAGCUCGUCUCUCUGAAUAUGUCUGCUUGGUCUGGCGCUGCUUAUCCUCCGCCUCCACCUCCGCGUGGACGUUCCCGCUCUCGUUCUCCAUACCGCGGGUCCUAUCCUCCCAGGCCGGCCUAUCCUGAGCCGGGAUAUCCCCAGGAUCCCUACCGUGCAGAUUGGGAGGCUUAUGACAGGGACAGAGCGUGGGCUAACUAUGAGAGAGAGAGAGCUGCAUAUGAAUACAGUCGGCGAGGGAGAAGUCGCAGUCCUCCCGCAGAUGAAGCCGGUAGGAAGCGCCGGCGCUCGCUGUCACCUUGGGAGCGGGAUAGAUACGAGCCCCGUCCCCGGUAUGGUGAUGAUUAUGACACUCAUUCUCGGGGCUAUGGUUAUGGCGGCUCACCACAUCGUGGUCAAUAUCCACCACCUCCGUAUGGCGGCACAUUGCGUCGUGCUCCUCCGGAUCCUCAUACAUUCGAUUAUGCUGCAUCCCUAAAACAAUAUGCGGAGUGGUUCCGUUACUUCUAUCCUCAGCAAGCAAUCGAGGAGGACAAUGCCGACAAAGCGGCGGAACAAGAAGCUGGGGAUGGCUCAAAACCUCGCAACGGCAUCAGGACUCGAUGGGAAAAGUACAAGAAGGAUUUCUCCGCACAACAGCUGCAACGGAUGUUUGAACAUCAUCGCAAGUCACCAUGGUUUUCCGAAAAAUACGAACCUGCGCCUGAAUAUACUUCUUUGCGCACUCGGGUUCGUAAAGUGGGUUGGAGAGGCAGGAUGGAUGCGUUUCUGCUGGAUUUGGAGACAGGCAAGUUUGAUCCUGACUUGAACGAGCCAGAGCCAGAUGUGGCCUCGCCUACCAAGGACAGUGCCCCGAGUGGAGAUACUACCUCCAACGCUGUGGAUGCGAGUAGCACCCAAGCGGGCCAUGUAGAGGAGCAGAAACCCGCCAUCAAUGCUGGCGGCGGCGAUGACGAUAUGCAAUUCAAUGUUGAAGCCGAGGAUGAAGGCGGAGACAACGAAGCCAAUCGUCUCGACACCAAUGGCAAAGCUUCGUCCGACCCGAAGCGUAAUAGCCGAGGCGAGGAGGUCUCAGUAUUGCCUGAGGGUAAUCAAGUUAUGAUUCGUACUAUCCCUCCUGACAUCGGUCGCAUGAAACUGGAAGACUCAUGUGGGAAGAUACCUGGGUUUGUCUAUCUGGCACUGGGUGAUCCCCUUCAGAAGAGGAAUUACUAUCGUGCUGGUUGGCUCAAGUUCCGUGAUGAUGCCGACAUGGCAACAAUCAUGGCUGAGCUAUCGGAUAAAAAGAUUGAAGGCUUCAAGCUUCAUGUCGCUCACAUCACCAAGCCGUUUGUAUCAAGGGUCCGCUAUGCACCAGAAGUCGCCAGCAAGCCAGACAGGAUGAGUAAAGAUCUUGCUAACGUCAAGAUACUUGCUGCCAUCCUUGAGGAAGAAUGCGCUAGUCUGCGCAAAGUCAAGAUUGAACAGAAGGAACCUAAUGCUGACGUUUCUGCUGAUGGUGAUGCCGCUAUGGCUGAUGGUUUGAGUACCGAAGAUGAGGACCCAGAACCAAAGGAGCGAGGGAGUGAUGCUGUUGAGAGACGAAUCGAGAAAGUGAUGGCCGAUAUGCGAGACCAGGGUUUGAUAGAUGCAGCUGAUGAGAGGGUGUUGGAGGCGAAGAAGACGGUAGUGUCGCUCGACUUGUACCUUGCCUACCUGCGUGCUGCAUUUCACACAUGCUAUUACUGCGCAGUUGUUACCGAUCACUUAGAGGAAUUACAGCGCAAGUGUGUGAAGCAUGUAAGGAAGCCCAUGUCGAAAGCCUUGCUGCAAGAGGUGAAGGCGGCUGAGGCCCAGAAAGCUGAGAGAGAACUGAAAGUUGAAGGAGCAUUAGACGACGAGAAGCUGAAGGAGAAAGAGAAAGAUGCCCCAGUCAAGGAAAAGUCUGAGAACAGGGAUUGGAAGCGGAAUGACGAACGAUGGCUCGAGUGGCUUGAUUCUAAGGUCGCGCUGCUCAUCAAUCGUGCCGGCGUGGACCCACGGGACUACGGCGGCAAGAGCUACGAAGAGGAACUGUCCAAAGCAGCUGAGCCUUUCAUGAAGCAAGAAGACGAGGGUAAAUACAGGUGUAAGACAUGCCAGAAGCUGUUCAAAGCCACGUCGUUCGUGGAGAAGCAUAUUGCCAACAAGCAUCCCGAACUCGUCAAGCAUCUGGAAGAGAUACCUUACUUCAAUAACUUUGCGCUGGAUCCUCAUCGGAUUCAGCCCUUUGCGCACCCGCCUCCUUUAGUAGGCAACAGUCAAGCGCCGCCGCCUCAAGCCUAUGGUCUGCAAGGGCCUGCUUACGCUCCUCCAUCCGACUAUGGGCGUCCUGCUGCUUACCAGGGAUCAUACGGAGGAUAUCCUCCAUACGCUAACGGUAAUUACUGGGAUCCUUACGCGUACCCAUAUCACCCUGGCGCAUAUCCUCCGCCACGGAAGGAUGAGGGUGUGACAGCUCGGCGGCUCAGCGAUCGCAUUAGCGGGUAUGCCCCUGGAUACGAACAGAACGUGGAGCCGCCUCCUGUCCCGGCCUCAGCCGGUCUGCCUGCCAAGCCUGUAGCGACACUUGAGCCAGGACCUGGUGGCAGAAGAGGGGGGCGGGGAGGUGCAAGUGGGCCUCCUCCGCCGCCGCCGCCGGAUGCGAAAGAAGAUCCCAGGGCGUCCGCAGGAAAAAAGGUCAGUUACCACGACAUGGAUCUGGUGGCCGAGGGAGACGUGGAGCUUCAGUACUAG